UUUAUAGAAAAGCACGUUUUAGCGAACAAGGCAUUGUCUACUUCCGUUGAUCGACGGUCAAGAAACUGACAAUAUCACAGCGGAGACAAAGUAAGGCAGCAGAGAACCAUGAACGCCCCAGAUCGAUACGAGCGUUUCGUCGUUCCUGAAGGCACCAAGAAGGUUUCCUAUGAGAGAGAUACGAAGAUAAUAAAUGCUGCGUCCUUCACUAUUGAGAGAGAGGAUCACACCGUCGGAAACAUUCUUCGGAUGCAAUUACACAGGGACCCUAAUGUGUUGUUUGCCGGUUACAAGCUCCCUCACCCCUUGCAGUACAAAAUUAUAGUUAGGGUACACACAACGAGCCAAUCGUCUCCAAUGCAGGCGUAUAACCAGGCUAUAAAUGAUCUAGACAAGGAACUCAAUCACUUGAAGAGUGUUUUUGAGGAAGAGUUGACGAAGCAUCCCAGGGAGUACUAAGGGCAUAUAAGGCUCAGGCUCUCUACAGCCAAUGAAAAUGUCAUUUUGACCUUAUCCUACUCUUUACAUAUGGUGGGUGGUGGAUGCCUAAAUUGACAGGCCAUUGGUAUGACCUUUUUUUUUUAAUUAUUAUUUGGGCUCUGUGCCCUAAUUUCAUCUUCAUGGUGGUCCAUAUAAUGUCCCCGGGAACAUGAUAUUGUAUGCUUCGAAUAGAAUUAAAAUUGGAUAUAGCUUUUGCGAUUGCCUUC